CGGAAACUUUUAAAAACUUUAGAAUAAACGGUAAAAAUAUUAAAAACAUCACAAAAACCUUAAUUAAGUGAAAUAAAUAGACAGGAAUGGCAGCAACAAACGAAUCUCUACAGAAACCACGAGCAAAUCAAAAUAUUCAAGUAUUCGUUCGAGUGCGGCCUACAAAUGCACGUGAAAGAUUGAUUAGAUCCAACGAAAUUGUUGAAGUUACAGGCGUAAAAGAUGUAACUGUAAAGCAGAUACACGAUUCACGGGCAACCAAAAAGUUUUCCUUUGAUCGUGCCUUUGGAAUGAACUCACAGCAACAUGAAGUUUAUCAAACAGUUGUUGCACCGUUAAUUCAGGAAGUUACUGAUGGAUAUAAUUGUACUGUAUUUGCUUAUGGACAGACUGGAACUGGCAAAACGUACACGAUGGUUGGGGAAGAACAAUCACUUCUGUCGUCACAAUAUGACGAUGUCAGCAAUGUCGGAAUGAUUCCCAGAGCUCUUUCUCAUCUAUUUGACAAACUGAGAGUCGAUAAAAGUGAAUUUGCAAUGCGAGUAUCAUAUUUGGAGCUUUAUAAUGAAGAACUUUGCGAUUUAUUGUCAACAGAUGACAAUGUUAAAAUUAGAUUAUUUGAUGAUGCCAAUAAGAAAGGAUCCGUUAUUGUUCAAGGACUGGAAGAAAUUCCUGUCAGAUGUAAAGAUGAUGUCUAUAAACUACUCGCAAAAGGACAGGAAAGAAGAAAAACAGCAGCAACAUUAAUGAAUGCUCAAAGUUCUCGAUCUCAUACAGUAUUUUCAAUUCUCGUACAUAUUAAGGAAUGUGGACCAGAUGGUGAAGAGAUGCUUAAAAUUGGAAAGCUUAAUCUUGUUGACUUGGCUGGAAGUGAAAAUAUAUCAAAAGCUGGAAAUGAGAAAGGAAUCCGAACACGAGAGUCAGUUAAUAUUAAUCAAUCACUUUUAACUCUCGGUCGUGUCAUUACUGCAUUAGUUGAGAGAGCUCCACACGUUCCAUAUCGUGAAUCAAAGCUGACAAGAUUGUUACAGGAAAGUCUUGGUGGACGAACAAAGACGUCAAUUAUUGCAACGAUAUCUUGUGGCCAUAAGGAUCUUGAAGAGACAUUAAGUACACUCGAUUAUGCUCAUCGUGCUAAGAAUAUUCAAAAUAAGCCAGAAAUCAAUCAGAGAUUGACAAAGAAAGUCAUUUUGAAAGAAUAUACAGAAGAAAUCGAUAAAUUAAAGCGAGAUUUGCUGGCUGCUCGUGAGAAAAAUGGAAUUUAUUUGCCAACGGAUUCGUACAAUGACAUGGUCUAUAAAAUGGAAAAUACUGAGAAGGAAUUGGGUGAGAUUAUGGCUGCAUUUACAAAAACAAAAGAAGAAUUAAAUUCAAAAAUGAAGCUUUUUGAAGAAACAAAACAGAAUUUGGCAGUUACUGCAGAACAAUUAGUGAUGACAGAAGGAAAGUAUAAACUAGCUGAAUCAGAAUUGACAAAAACUAAAAGAAAUUUGCGAAAAACUGAACGAAAUUACACGGAAGCUAAGCACAUAAUAGCUGUCCAGGAAGAAACUGAGCAGAAAUUGACAGAACAGACAAAAGAAAUAAUGAAAAUUGCCGAUGAGGCAUCAGACGAUACAAAAUCAUUGCUCGAAAAUAUCCGUCGACGAAAAGAAAAGGAAGAAAAUGCAGCAAAAACUAUAGAUAAUGUGAUGAAUACCAUCACAAAUCGCUUAUCAUCCAUGCAAGAUGAAAUUCAGCAGUUAGAAGGACACCACAAAGAAAAUCGAGAUAUUAUUGUGGCUGAUUUAAAUGCACAAAUGGAAUCGAAUGCAAAAUACACAGAUAACUUUGUUGAUUCCUUAAAGGAAAUAAGCAGCACACAAAAAAGCUUCCAAAAUGAAUUUUAUGGGAUGUUCGAAAAGUGGAUGUACAGCCAGGAUGGAAGUAAUGCGGAUUUCCAAUCAUUUGCUGCAUAUUUCAAAUCCACAAAAGAAAGAGAAGAGAAAUUUUUUGAUACCGUCGGCGACAAGAUUAAUCAAAUUUUGAUGCUGUUGAACGAGCGAAAAAAUGAAGAAACGAAAAUAUCAAAUUUUGUGCUUGAAAAGUUGAAUGAGCAGCAGAAGCUGACUAAUGAUUACACAAAUUACUUGCAACUUAAAUUAAAUCAUUAUUGUGAGGAACUUGAUGCUGUAAAGUCGUCAAUGAGAACCAAAAAUACAGCCCAAAAGUCAAAAAUUAAUGAAAUUGAGAAGCUUCUUGCUGAAAUUAAGAGCUAUGAAAAGGAUGACGACAUUCUUGAUGUCAAAUUAAGUGACAUUCAUGAUGAUAUUAAAGGCAAUGGAAUAACAGCAACAAAAGGCUUUAUUGAAUCAUAUCAAACUGUCACAAAAUCAAGUAAGGAGUUUAUGGAUGAUAAAAAUUGCAUUAUCGAUAAAAAUCAUGAAAAGUUGUUGGCUGAAGUUAAAGGAACUGCUGAAAUUGUCAAAGAUAAUGACACAAAUCUCAAAAUGACAUUAGAAUCACAAACUGAAAAUAUCGAUAAAUUCAAAACAGCUUUCCAAGAUCAUCAAAAUGUCAUGCAAUAUGACUUGAGCAGUAAGCAAGAUGAUUUAAUUAAGGCUGUCCGUGAAGACAUGUUAAGCUCGAAAUCUAAAUUGAGGGAAAUUAAGUCAGUUGUUCAGCAUAAUUUACAUUUGGUUGUGCAGGAAGCUGAAAAUAAUUUGUUAAUGAACAUCAGGCAGACGACAGAAGAUAUUCAGGAAUUUAAGAAUGCAGACGUUUGUGCUUAUGUUCCAACCGGUGAAACACCAGCACGAAAGGAUUACAAGUUUAAUCGUCAAAUAAAUACAACAUCUCCGCAUGAUCGAAUCAUUAAGCGUUUGCGGCUUGAACAAGGAUUGUCGGAUUCUACAUUGCAGGACUCGUCGAUUCUUGAGGAGGAUGAGGUAUCAAAUUUCUCUGGUAAGGAAGUAUAUAACUCAACAGCUAUUAUGGAUCAAACAGCAAUAGACACACCACAAUCAAAAAUGUCGGAACGUUUAAUGAAUGUUGAGGACCAAGAGAAUAAUCCACAAAAUAUUUAGAAACUUAAUUUUUUGGGUCGUUUAAUUAUUAAGGUAUUGUAAAAUAAUGAUCUUUAAGCCCCCCCUUUCCCUGUCCUUUGCCUUGUUACUAUUAAUUUACUGCAAAAAAGUUUUGAUUUUGUUUAAAAAGUGAUCGACUUUCUUAGCAUAUAGCAUUAAAAAUUGUAUCCAUUUCUGUAUAUUUUAUUUACAUGCACAAUAAAUCGUCAUCUUAAUUACUAUUAGAAUGUAAGCUACACA